GUGGGUUUCCCUAUUUUUUGUCGUUCUGCAGGUGGUGAUUGUUUGGAUUUUAUUUGAUAAGGAUAUUUUACAAUUGACUCUCUCGUACUUGUACGAAGUGUCCUCUUAUCGGGAAUUACUAAAAUGUUUUUAAACAGCGAAUUUGUAGUUCAAUCACGUUGGCCGCGAGUGAUCCUUUUUGGGUAAAUAUGUAUAUUAUAUACAAGUAAAAUUGUGCGAGAUUCCUUAUUGUCAUUUCGUGUGUGGAGCAAUUAGAACAUAAUUCGUCCGCCAUGCCCAAAAUGCUAGAAAGUUCACCGAACGCGGCUCUGGAUAAGUCCCUGAUACAGCACUAUCUCACCCUGCCCAUUCCAGACGGGAAAUGCCAGGCCACCUACAUCUGGAUAGAUGGAUCCGGAGAGAACGUCAGAAGCAAAACCAGGACGUUGGAUUUCGUUCCUAACGAACCAUCAGAACUACCCAUAUGGAACUUCGACGGUAGCUCGACCAACCAAGCCGAAGGCAGCAACUCCGACGUGUUCCUCUACCCCGUCGCCGUCUACAAGGACCCCUUCCUCAGGGCCAACAACAAGCUCGUCCUCUGCGACACCUACAAGUUCAACAAGAAACCGACGGCCACCAACAGGCGCUUCACCUGCGUGCAGGCCAUGGAGGCGGCCAAAGACCACCGGCCCUGGUUCGGCAUCGAGCAGGAGUACACGCUGCUCGACAUGGACCUGCGGCCGCUCGGCUGGCCGAAGAACGGCUUCCCGGGGCCCCAGGGGCCCUAUUAUUGCGGCGUCGGCGCCAACAAGGUCUACGCCAGGGACAUCGUCGAGGCGCACUACAGGUGCUGUUUGUACGCCGGCAUCAACAUCAGCGGCACCAACGCCGAGGUCAUGCCCGCCCAGUGGGAAUUCCAAGUGGGCCCGUGCGAGGGCAUCUCCAUAGGCGACCAACUGUGGGUCUCCAGGUACCUUUUGCAUCGAGUCGCCGAAGAUUACGGCGUCAUCGUCACCUUCGAUCCCAAACCGAUGGAGGGCGAUUGGAACGGGGCCGGAGCCCACACUAAUUUCUCCACUAAAAUUAUGAGAGAAGACAACGGCAUCGUCGAAAUCGAAAAGGCCAUCGACAAAUUGAGCAGGAACCAUCUCAGGCACAUCCAAGCCUACGAUCCCAAAGGAGGAAAGGACAACGAGCGCCGUCUGACGGGCAAACACGAAACUUCCUCGAUCCAUGACUUCAGCGCCGGAGUAGCCAAUCGCGGCGCCAGCGUGAGAAUUCCCCGGGGAUGCGCCGAAGAGAAAAAGGGUUACCUGGAGGACAGGCGACCGGCCUCGAAUUGCGAUCCUUACGCCGUCACCGAGGCUAUUGUCAGGACCUGCAUCCUCAACGAAUAG